AUGUUGUCCAGCCUGAAUGAAUGGCUGUGGCAAGGGAAGUUCUGGCUGCCCUCCACCUAUACUUGGGUGGACCUGGAGGACCAAGAUGGUGUGGUCUACCCCCAAACUCGAGACCUGCUGGCAGUCCUGCCAAUGACACUGGUCCUGCUGGCCGUGCGCAUGUCCUACGAGAGGUUUGUGGCGCUGCCCCUGAGCCGGUGGCUGGGCGUGCAGGACCGAAUCCGGAAGCCAGUGGCACCCAACCCCACACUGGAGAAAUACUUCCUCACACAGAACCGGAGACCCAAGGAGCCCCAGCUGGCCCUCCUGGCCACCCAGUGUGGCCUCACCCUGAGACAGACCCAGCGGUGGUUCAGGCGCCGCUGGAACCAGGAACAGCCUCAGCUCAGCAAGAAGUUCUGUGAGGCCAGCUGGAAGUUUCUGUUCUAUCUGUGUACCUUCGUGGGUGGCCUCUCAGUCCUAUUCCACGAGUCGUGGCUGUGGGAGCCAAGAAUGUGUUGGGAAAAUUACCCAAACCAGCUUCUGAAGCCCGCCCUGUACUGGUGGUACCUCCUCGAGCUGAGUUUCUACAUCUCCCUGCUGAUGACACUGCCCUUCGAUGUCAAACGCAAGGUGAGACCAGAGUGA